GGCCGGGGCAGCGCCAGGGAAGGGAAGGGCCGGACGAGCGGCAGCGGCCGGCCGAGAGGGGCGGCGGCGGCGGCGGCGGCGGCGGGAUUCCCGCGCCGCUGAGCCCGGCCCGAGAGCCCUUUCCACCUUCCUGCCUCCUGCUCUCGCCGCCCCGGGGUGCCGCCAUGACGCCCGAUCUGCUCAACUUCAAGAAGGGAUGGAUGUCUAUCUUGGAUGAGCCUGGAGAGUGGAGGAAGCACUGGUUUGUGCUGACUGAUUCGAGCCUCAAGUACUACAGGGACUCCACCGCUGAGGAGGCAGAUGAGCUGGACGGUGAGAUUGAUCUGCGCUGCUGCACGGACGUCACCGAGUAUGCGGUGCAGCGCAACUAUGGCUUCCAGAUCCACACCAAAGAUGCUGUCUAUACCUUGUCGGCCAUGACCUCGGGCAUCCGGAGGAACUGGAUCGAGGCUCUGAGGAAGACUGUGCGUCCAACCUCAGCCCCAGAUGUCACCAAGCUCUCAGACUGCAAUAAGGAGAACACGCUGCACAGCUACGGCACCCCGAAGGGCUCCCUGAAGGCGGGGGAGCAGCGGGCAGGCUCUGAGGUCAUCGGCCGGGGCGGCCCCCGGAAGGCGGACGGGCAGCGACAGUCACUGGACUACGUGGAGCUCUCCCCGCUGACUCAGGGCUCCCCGCAGCGGGCCCGCACCCCGGCCCGCGCUCUCGACCGCCCGGCCAAGCAGGAGGAGCUGGAGCGGGACCUGGCCCAGCGUUCCGAGGAGCGACGCAAGUGGUUCCAGGCCACGGAUAGCAGGGCCACGGAGACACCGGCCAGUGAGGGUCCGCGCCGGGGCCUGGGCGCCCCCUUGACUGAGGACCAGCAGAACCGGCUCAGUGAGGAGAUCGAGAAGAAGUGGCAGGAGCUGGAGAAGUUGCCCCUGCGGGAGAACAAGCGGGUACCUCUCACCGCCCUGCUCAACCAAAGCCGCGGGGAGCGCCGGGGGGCCCCAAGCGACAGCCACGAGGCACUGGAGAGGGAGGUCCAGUCCCUUCGUGCCCAGCUGGAGGCCUGGCGUCUCCAAGGGGAGGCUCGGCGUCUCCAAGGGGAGGCUCCUCAAGGUGCACCCAAGUCCCAGGAGGACGACCACAUCCCCCCAGGCUACAUCUCACAGGAGGCGUGCGAGCGCAGCCUGGCGGAGAUGGAGUCUUCGCACCAGCAGGUGAUGGAGGAGCUGCAGCGGCACCACGAGCGGGAGCUGCAGCGGCUGCAGCAGGAGAAGGAGUGGCUCCUGGCCGAGGAGACAGCGGCCACAGCCUCAGCCAUCGAAGCCAUGAAGAAGGCAUACCAGGAGGAGCUGAGCCGGGAGCUGAGCAAGACACAGAGUCUCCCACAGGGCCCGGAUGGCCUCCAGAAACAGCACCAGUCAGAUCUGGAGGCACUGAAGCGGGAGCUGCAGGUGCUGUCAGAGCAGUACUCGCAGAAGUGCCUGGAGAUUGGGGCCCUGACGCGGCAGGCGGAGGAGCGUGAGCACACGCUGCGGCGCUGCCAGCAGGAGGGCCAGGAGCUGCUGCGCCACAACCAGGAGCUGCACGCCCGCCUGUCCGAGGAGAUUGACCGGCUGCGAAGCUUCAUCGCCUCGCAGGGCACCGGCAACGGCCGCGGACGCAGCAGCGAGCGGAGCGCCUGUGAGCUGGAGGUGCUGCUGCGAGUGAAGGAGAAUGAGCUGCAGUACCUGAAGAAGGAGGUGCAGUGCCUCCGGGAUGAGCUCCAGAUGAUGCAGAAGGACAGGCGCUUCACCUCGGGAAAGUACCAGGACGUGUAUGUGGAGCUGAACCACAUCAAGACGCGGUCGGAGCGGGAGAUCGAACAGCUGAAAGAGCACCUGCGCCUCGCCAUGGCUGCCCUGCAGGAGAAGGAGGCCGUGCGCAACAGCCUGGCCGAGUAGAGGUCCUCGUGGUCCAGCCCUGCUGCAGACCCCCAGCCCAAGGGGACCAAUCUCCCUCCUUCCCUGCUGGAUGGACGUCAGAAGCCAAGCUUUCUCCCCACCCUCUGUGGGCCGCACAUGCACUCACACCCACUAUACAUACACACACACACGCGCGCACACACACACGUCCACACACAUACACAUACACACGCACACUCUCUGCGUAUCUGAGCGCGCCCCUAGCACUGGGUCUUACCUUGCACCUUCUUCAGGAUUUUAUAUGUGAAGAGAUUUUUAUAUAGAUUUUUUUUCCUUUUUUUUUUUUUCCCCAAACACUUUAUACUUUUAAAAAAGCAAUUCCUGGUGGCGUGUGCCUCUAACACUGGCUCCCCCUGUGUCGCCAGACGCCUGCUUGGCUUCUGGGCCCACGGCCUGGCCCGGGGUCUAGCGGAGGCCCAGCAGCAGCUAUGGCAGGGCUGACUCUGCUGGGAGAGGCCGGGAGCCAGCCACCCUCUUUCUACCUUACCUCCCACUAACUGCUUCCUGCCUGGGGGGCCCACUCCCUGGGACUCUGGAUGGAGGGACAGAUGGACAAAGGGAGCCAGCAGCUGUCCCCAUGGCCCCACCCCCUCCUCUGAGGGGUGCUGGGCAUGGAUCUGCGGGGACCACCCCGUGCAGGCGUUUCUCUCCUGCUCUGUGAGCCUUAACUUAAUAAAAUGUUCCGGCAGC